GUUGUCGACAGGUUCAUGGUUUAGCUAGCGGUUGCCCUUGUAUUUGGAAGUUGAACUAGUAAAGUAGGCCACUCUGGCUUAUAACCUCACAUUAACCCUAAUUUAGUUAUAUUACAGCUAACAUUAAUACAACCUCUCUAACUAGCCAGUAAUAACAAGCUAAUUACAAUUAAACAUAUAAAUUAACAAGGUAGCUAGGCUUCUUUCUUGGCGGCUAAGGUUAUUGAAAAAAUUCGUCAGAGAUAAUAGAAGGCGGCGGCGCUGCGGCGGAAUGAGGAUGGUGUCGUCACCGGGAACGAAAGUAUUGGAGAUCAACUUGAUUUCAGCACAAGAUCUUCAGCGACCAAAGGCUUCAGUGAGGAGACUCAAAACGUACGUGGUGAUAUGGAUGGAUCCCUCCUACAAGCUCCGAACACAGGUUGACCAGAUCGGCGGCAAUAACCCUACCUGGAACGACAGGUUUCUCUUCCGAGUCACGCCGGAGUACCUCGCCAGCGUAACCUCUGGCUUCUCCGUAGCCAUCUUUGCCGUCGGGACUUUCCGCGACCACCUCGUCGGCACGGUGAGGAUCCUGGUGAGCAACAUCCUCUCCACUGUAGAGCCAGCAAUGAAGCCUUGCUUCAGCGCCGUCCAGGUGCGCCGCCAGUCAGGGAGAUUCCAGGGGGUCUUGAACGUCGGCGCCAGGGUGGUCGACGAGUUCUACUUCCCGGCAUGGCACAAGGUACCGGCGAUAGGGCUCCACGAUCUGAUGCUGAAGGUGGAGAAGCAGCGCCGCCGCAACAAGCUGGGACUCUCGAGCGGUGAGAAUUCUUUGUCGGAGUCAUCUAAGACGACGUCGUCUUUGCCAUCAUCACCGGACGAUGACCGGUGAAAGUGUUAAAGGAGGAAAACAAAUGAUAUUUGACGCUCCAGAUUACUCUACGCACUUCCUAGGCAAAGCUCGUAAAUGGUGGACACAUUAGCGUUUACGUACUCAGUCCUUGCUCUUUUUUUAUUUUUUAUUUUUAUUUUAUUUUUAUUUGUGGCUUAUUUGUAUCCGAAAAAAUAAACUAAAGCUGGAUGGAGAGUGGAGACCACAAUCUAAUUGUAAUUAAAUGAGGGCAUUUAUUAUGUCAGAUAGGUGAUUAAUAUUAUUUAGGCAAAGGAAAUGAUAAUAACACAUUUUCACAUGAAUAUAAAAUUAUAAAUUAUUAAAUAGUUCAAUUAAAUAUAUGAAACUAUUUAAUAAUUUAUGUUUUUUUAUGUGAAAAUGUAAGUCAUCAAAUUUUCCACCUAAAUCAUACAGCUAGCUAGCUGCUAUAGGCUGUAUGAAUCCUUACUCUAUCUAUCUCUGUACGUACACCAUUGUUUCAUGUGAAGUUCUUAUGAAU